AUGGCACAUAUUGCAACGUUCAUGAUAUUCUAUAUUCUGACUUGGAUGCUGGUUUUGCCACUACACUUUGUAGUGCAGUUAUUUUUGGUGUUACUAUUGAUUUCUGCACCCGUCUUUUAUUUUCCCGAGCUGGUACGAAAGGCGUCAGCCUCAGGGGUUCACGUGGCUUGCGGCGGCUCAUUGAAGCUGCCUCUGAUUGGAUUUUCUACUUUAGGGGCUUUUGGCAUUGCCUUUCUUUUUGGGUUAGUGGCAUUGUUAGUGUUUUAUUUGAUUUGGAGGUUCGUAUAUGGAAGGAAACCAACAAGAGGUAAAGAUAUUGAGGUUAGCUUGGAUGACUUGUUGUCUCUGAUAUCAAACGUUUGA